AUAAAAGCAGAAGUUCAAGGCGAUCACCGUUUCAGACAACUCCAGCAGCCGUCACAGCAACAGCUCCACUUAGAGCCAGUAACCAGCAAUCGCUGUAGUGCCAAGUAAAAUCCGAACACUCUCGAAGAUCGAAGUUAGCGAAAGAAAGUUGCCAUCGAUCCGACUAUCUCAAAAAGAGAGAGCAAUUUUCGUGUGCAAAGUUUUGGGUGAAUUUUUAAGUGAAUUGUGUGCUUGACAAUCGCGUGCUGAAAUCUGCACUACUUCUAGUGCGACCAGCCAAACCAACUCAGCUGCAGCUGUAAUUAAAAUUGAAAUUGCUUCGAGCUCGACAACUAACAGACUGCAGAUAAAUAGACAGUAGUCAUGUGGAAUCAACGGAAAGUGCACGCCUACCUGCUGCUCUCCAUCGUGGCCAGCAAUUGUCUGCUGAUGACCUACGCAUUUCCACAGCAGGAGGUCUAUCAGAGGCAGCACCAGGUGACCCAGUCACCUGUCUAUCGGGAUGAGAGUGUGGCCAGGAAGUUUGCGGUGAAGCCCAAUGCCUCGAAGAAGGUGGCUCUGGACGACAUCGAGGACGAUUUGGAGACCAACCAGAUCCAGGAGAGCGUGGGAGGUCCCGGCGGCUUCACCUGGUCCAACAUGCUGUCCACCGUGAUGACCAUGUUCUUCAACGGAGCCGUUAACGCACCAACCAAGUCCGAUGAUGUGGAUACUUCCAUUGGCUUGGGCGGCAGUCCCUGGGCGAAUGUCAUCUCCAUGGGUCUUCGCAUCAUCAACACCUUGCUGGGCGGCGGAGCCCCUAGCGAUGGCAUCGAUAAGGUCGACAACGGUGGAUCUCCCAUGCAGGGCAUAUUGGUGGCUGUGAUGUCUGCCGUUUUAGGCUCCAGAGACCCCGACCAAGUCAACUCGAUGGCCAAGCAAGCUGGCGAGUUCAUUCAGAUCGUGAUGAACCUGCUGGACGCCCUGAAGACCUCCUUCUCGCACCGCUCCCUGACCGCCCGCUCCAUGGGCAAGCGGGACUCGGUGAGCGACGCCGUCGUCGCCGGAAUCUCCCUGAUGAAGGGCUACGUCCGCACCUACCGCACCUCGGAGGACAAGUGCACGCAGCGGUACAUGUGCGACGCCAACACGGAGUGCGUCCGCGAGAUCGGCGGCAGCAGCAUCUUCUGCCAGCUGGGAUCCUAUGCCACCAGCUACGUCCUAGGCCGCACCAGUGGCAGCAACUUCGAGGAGCUGUACGACGCCGGACGCAGAGGUCGCUCCGGGUUCGACUGUCGCCAGAUCUAUCUAGAGUGCAACGAGGUCUAGACUACGCAGUGCUCACCCGUCCAGUCGUCCACUCCCUAAAAUAAUUUAAAUUAAUUUAUGACUUCCCUAGAUGCUAGCUAUUUAUAUUAUUUAUUUAAAAGUCUGUACUUAUGGUCGCCCGAAAAUGCGACUGGCUUCUAAGUUGACAAAGAAAACCGUUAAAAAUACAUGCAUUAAAUGACA